UGAGGCUCAGAGAGUUAGUCAGUCACAGGUAGUUUGAUGCUUGAUUUAAUGCAGUUUUGAUCCAGUUUCAGUCAAGUACUUGAGUUUAGGCGAUUUACUCGGUUACUUAAGAACAUUUAGUCAGUGGAAACCAGGUGCACUUUGGACCCUCGAGGUAAGCAUGGCGCUGACUUUGUCCUCCCCAUGUGGAUGCCCCUCCGACGAGGAGGAGGAAAUAGCUGUGUUUGAGUCUACGGCAGCAGAGUAUGGAGGCCUGGCCAGACCACGGCUACCUGAGAUCUCUGUCAUUUCCCCUGGCCUGGACCCCCGGCUGUCCGUUGCAGAACCGAAAAUGGCAGUGAAACCUGGAUUGGUGAGACAAGGAAGUGGUGGUGAAGGAAAUACUGAGAGAGUGAAGGUUUAUAUGCGCAUCCGGCCACUCACUGGGAUGGAGAGAGAGAGGGGGGAAGAAGAGGGUUGUGUUGCUGUCCAAGAUGAAGAGACUCUGCUGCUCAAGGCUCCAAAGGAGUCUCAGAACAUGAGAAUGGCGGAGAGGGGCAUCACCCAAAGCAUGCACAAGUUCAGUUUCUCUAAGAUCUUUGGACCAGAGACCACGCAGCAGCAGUUUUAUGAGUGCACGAUGAAAAAGAUGGUGAAAGACGUUCUUCAGGGCGAAAACAGACUCCUCUACACUUAUGGUGUCACCAAUUCUGGAAAAACGUACACCAUUCAGGGCAGUGGUCGAGAGGCUGGCCUCCUGCCCCGAGCUCUAGCGUCUCUGUUCAGGAAACUGCAGGGUCGUCUCUAUGGUGCCAUGGACCUGAAGCCUGUGAUGUAUCAGGAUGUGAGACAGCUUGAACCCAGUGAGGUCAAGGUGGAGGAAAUCCGCAGAAACUCUCUGCUCAAAGAGGAUGAGAAUAUGACCUUUCGUCGAGGUGGUACCUCUACGAUCUGGGACAGCGGCAUUGGAGGACUCUCCUCCACAAGUAACAUUGCCAGUCCGCUGGAAGACAUUGACAGUGUUUGUCUGGAGCCAGACAGCCUUUCAAACAGUGGAGAGGACGACCUGGAGGAAGGGGUGCAGUUCUCUAUCUGGGUGUCUUUCUAUGAGAUCUACAACGAGUUCCUGUAUGAUCUGCUGGAUGCUUCACCCUCCCUGCAGCCCAGAAAAAGAGUCACACUGCGGCUUAGUGACGACAAGCAGGGCAACCCCUACGUGAAAGACCUCACCUGGAUCCAUGUCCGCAGUGCUGAGGAGGCAUGGAAGAUUCUGAAGGCCGGACGUCGGAACCAGAGCUUCGCCAGCACUCACCUCAACCAAAACUCCAGCCGCAGUCACAGCAUCUUCUCCAUCCGUGUCCUGCACAUCCAUCCAGAGGCAGUUUCAGGCCAGGCCAUGCACAUCAGCGAACUGACUGUGUGUGAUCUGGCUGGGUCUGAACGCUGUAAAGAGCAGCGUAAUGGCGAGAGGAUGAAGGAGGCCAACAACAUCAACACCUCACUUUUAACACUGGGCCGCUGUAUUGCAGCUCUGAGGCACAACCAGAACAACAAAUCACGACCCCCUCAGGUGGUGCCAUUCAGGGACAGUAAACUGACCCGGGUCCUGCAGGGUUUCUUCUGUGGCCGAGGAACCUCCAGCAUGGUGGUCAACAUCAACCCAUGUGCCUCCGUCUACGACGAGACUCUCCAAGCCCUUAAAUUCUCUGCCAUUGCUACCCAACUGGUCCAUGGCCCAUCCACAAAGACCAGAGUGGCCUACAUCCUGUCUCUACUGAAUGAGCCAGCAGGGCACGGUAACGAAAGAACAGUGCUGGAAGAAGAAGAGGAUGAGAGUGACGUUGAAGAUGGAGACAUCACCAUGUUAAAUACUGAGGCUUUACUGCAGGCCAUCGAUGUUCUGAAGAGAGAGGUGCGGCGCCAACGGGAAGAGAAAGAGGUUCUUGAGGCAAAUGUGAGAGAGCAGGUGGUCUCUGAGAUGAUGGAGGUCAUCUCUGGGAUGCAGGAGGGCUUCAGCGAGACAUUGGAGGCAGAGAGGGCUCUAAUUGAAGAGAGGUACGAGGACAAGAUAACUAACCUGCAGAAACAUCUGAAGAAAUUCUACAGCCAGGAGCUGAAGGAGCGUGAUCAGGAGAUUGAAGCUUUGUCUGCUGCCCUCGAGCAAAACAAAGGAGCUGAGGCUGUCCCCACUUUGGUGCCACAGGGAGACGGGCUUCGACGUUCUCAGCGCCUCACCUCUCAGACAGAACUGGGCCGACUUCGCGCUGAGCUCGACCAGUGCCGCGCUGAGCUGUCCACAAAGACGCAAGAGCUGACAAAGCUAAAGAUGCAGCUAGAAGUGCCGGGCUCAGCGGGCACCCUCAGUGGUGCUGCUGACCGCAAGCUGGAAGAAGGCCAAAGGAACCUGCGUCAACUGCGUCUGGAUUUGCAGAGGCUGGGGGUGGACCUGCAGUCCGGUGAACGAGCCUGUUGUCGCAACACAGGAGGGGAACGGCUGCGCCAGGCAUUGACUGCUGCAGAUGAGACACUUGCCAAACAGGACCAGAUCCUGGUGGAGCUCCAGAAUGGCCUGAUGAUGGUCAAAGCCGAAUUAAGGCGGAAAGCAGAAGCCCUGGCUCAGACACAGGCCACACGGCCUCAGCUGCCCCCUUCUGGCUUUUCUGUCUCUACCACACCAGGUUCGUGUAAGAAGAGGGGCUGUGGGGCUGCCGCAGCAGGCGAUGCUGAAAACCGGCCCCCACAGAAACGGCCCUUUUUCCAGUCUCUGUUCCCGACACGCACUCCAACACGUAAAUACAACCCUCGGGCAGUUGAGGAAGCAAAUGUGACCCCUUACUCACGGAUCUUGCGGUCUCGUCAACAGUCUCCACCUCCUAGCCCCGUCCCCACCCCUCGUACGCUCAGGGGGAAGUACUGAGCUGUUUAGAGCUUCACAGGGAGUGUUUCCUUUUUGAUGUUAUGCAAAAACAAAGUCAUACUUGCUGGUUACUUUAUAGUAUUUUUAUAUUGUUUGAUAUAUGUUCACUUUUUGCAGUGCAUUUAACUCUGUUGUAACGCCAAAUACAUUUAUAAUGUUCAUGCCAGUAAAACAGUUAAUGCUUUAAAUGAGGUUGCACGAUACUACGAAGGUAACUGAGGAGCUGUAGAGCAAUAAAACUGCUCAGUGUGAUAGUUAUGGACUGUAUGGUAAUUGUGCAUGAGUGUGUAAUUAACCCCUGCCUUGGAAACUCCUCCACAUGCCUUCGCUGUAAGUACUUUUCUAUUUUCCACAAUAAAACCUAUGAAAGCAUUGUUUUGAGUAGGCAGAAAAAAAAUCCUUUUUACUAACAUUUUACAAUGGAAUUUUUUUUCACUGUAGCAGUAUCUUAAUUUACUGCACUGUUUUCAUAUUCUUUAAAUACAAAGAAAAGGUCCAUGCAUAGCUGGUAUUCUUUAUUUAAACUGAUUACAUAUAUAUAUAACUUUGUUGAAGCAUCAAAUUGUGACUGCAAAUCAAAUUAAAGCUGCAAGCAGCGAUGGGCGGGCCCUCGGGAGCCGCGGGAGUCGCAGCCAGCACAGCCACGCGCAAGAGUCUUCUUAUGUACUCUCCUCUCUCCUGCUCUUCUCCCCAGAGAAGCACAGCAGUAUACAGCAACAGAAAAGACAUGGCCCCCUCCCAGCAGGGGGCGCUAUGAGUGUAUCACCAUAUGAGUAUAAAUGAGUUGAGAGUGUGAAGAUUAUCUGUGCAGAGGAAACAUGUACCGUAAUUUCCUGACUAUAAGCCGCUACUUUUUUCCUCACGCUUUGAACCCUGCGGCUUAAACAAUGAGGCGGCUAAUUUAUAGAUUUUUACGGGUUAACGAGAGAGAACGAUGACAACAAUUUUUUUAAUUUUUAAUUUUAAUUACUUUAUCAAUUCCUCCUGGAGAAAUUACUCUCUGCAUUUUACCCACACCAAGUGAACGAAACACACACACAAGCAUGCACAUGCACUAGAGACGCUGGGGCAGAGGGCUGUGAGGCGGAGGGUUGUGGGUUUCGAUCCUCUGAUCUCAGGCCGGUCCAAAGCCGCCCUUGCUGCGCCAAUGAAAGAGAGACUGAGACAGUGUGUGACAAGGUAAUUCUGAGGCUGUUCACUUCCGACACUGAAAAAGACUAUAGUGGUUUUACUGCGCAGGAGUCAGAGGAAGAUAGCAUCAAUGACUUUUCUUUUGUUUUUUUGUUUUGUUUUUUUUUUUUUUUGUUUUUUUUUUUAAAACCAGUCGUGUUACUGCCAUGUUAGAGGCACUGUUGGGAAAAAACAUUUAUUUAAUCAAAAGUUAAAAAAUCUUUUGGUGUACCAGCUUUCUGUGUAAAUAUCUCACUUUACAACGUAGACACCUGCGGCUUAUAGUCAAGUGUGGCCUAUAGGCCUAUAUGUACUUUUUUUUUUUCUUUUUAAAUUUAGUGGGUGUGGCUUAUAUUCAGGUGCGCUCAAUAGUCCGGAAUUUUCUGUAAUUUGGUUUAAUGGACAGUGUGUUAUUUGUAAAUUACUUUAGUGUUGUUUAGAGUUUGUGUAGACAUUUCAAUGGUGUUAUUUUCAGCCACAUAUG